AUGUUUCCAUCACCAAGGCCUCUGCCUUCUCCUGUCGAGAACGAUCGUGAACGAGAUGAAAGGUGGAUCGCCGCCACCGACGAUAUCAUGCUUUUGCGCCCGGACGAACACCGCCAAGCUCAAACAUCUCAGAGCUCGAGUUUUGUUAGGGAUGAGGCUGAGCCCGGAAAACAUGGCAGAAAGUUCCCUGGGCUUGCCUUGGUCAAGCGCAAUAGCAACAACUUCUGGAAGGUUUGGAACGUGUACAGACAUAAGCCCUGGAACAUGUUCCUCUUGGUCCUCAUUGGCGCUCUCUUCGCUGUUGGCCAUCACUUAUUUUACCUUCGUCUCAACGGCAGAGAAGCUAUCAACCAGUCCUUGAUGCUACGCUAUGGGACCGCCAUCGCAUUCUGUGCCAAAGCCAGUCUCGGCACAGCUGUUACCAUUGCUUUUCACCAAAGAGCGUGGAGAGUGGUCCGUUUUAAAACAGCCCGUAUUGAGACAAUUAAUUCUAUUUUCACUGCCAAUUCGGAUAUAUUCUCUCUCUUUACCUGGAGCUCUAUCCGUAAGAGCAGAGUUGGUACCCUGCUUGCUAUUUACUGCUGGGUCACUCCUCUUGUUGUGAUACUGACCUCUGAAACUCUCUCAGUUGUCUUUGGGGUAUUCGAAGAAAUGACCUCGUGCCCCUCUGUCCGAACUUUGAAUUUUGGAAACGAGGAGAACAUAUAUUGGCGCAAUCCUAUGAAAAUAAACGGCCAGUUUCUGACCUCGAUGUCAUUAUGGAAUUCGACUGUUCCCCCGGGUAAGAGCCCUUCAGACUCCAACCCAGCGGGUUUUGACUACUACCAUUGCCCUAGCCGGCAGUACGACAUGUUCAUUACCACGAAAUCGACACUCAUGAGCGAAUCCAUAAUCCGCAAGGAAGCAACGGUUGAGAUUUGCGGAGAGGGAUGGAACUGCUCAUAUGUGGUUAACUUUGUUGCUCCUGGCUAUAAGUGUCAAGAGCUAGCAUACGGAGUGAACUCUGAAGUCGGGAAGCUUGGGAAUGCUACCGCACCCUUCAACACCUCUGUGCUUGCGCCAAGGGGAAACUAUACCUAUUAUGCCAUCAACGACCGAGGUGAAUAUGGUGAUCCCCAAAUGGCGUCUCACGCGGGGGGGAGACCGAAGCAAGAUCCCCCGUAUCCGGACAACUUUGGAGCCUUCAGAACAGAGCCUAUUAUAUGGAUAGGUUACGCAACUGUGGAUGAUCUCUCGGUCCCUCAGCCGGAUACCCCAGGCACAGAGGCAUGGAGAAAAGCCUAUACACCUGUUAUAAUCGGGUGUGAGCAUUACGAAGUCAAUUAUACAGUCCAGUUCAACUACACAAGUGGUGACAAACUUGUUGACGUUAAGCGGCGGGAAUACCUGAGAAAGGUUAUUGAUACGACCUAUAUACCCAACGAAGACCCUGACAAGAGACUAAAAGACCGAACACGUGCUAUCCCUGACAGCAAUUACAUAUUCCCCAAUAACGUCAAAAAGUACCGCCGGACAGCAGCUUACCAUUCUAUUGGCUCUAGAUUGAGGCAGUGCCUCAAUGGAACUAUGAAGAUACCAUAUAACCAAGUAAAGUCGGAUCUUUUAUACACGCGUUUGUUCACGCCGCUAAAUUACCUCCCGGUCAAGAACCUUCACCACGGUAUCCAAAAGCUCUACGAGGACAUGAUCAUCUCGAUUUUUGAGGAGCCUUCUUUCAUGGUUGUCUCGUGGGCCGCUGAUGGAAAACCAUCUGGCAUUGCCAAGGGAGGUCCUUCAACGGCCUAUCCUUGCCGGCGUGAGAGGAUAGCUACUUUCUUUCACUACAACAUGACUCAGCUUCUUAGCGUGUAUGCUGCAAGUAUACUUUUGGCAGUUAUUGGCGUGUUGUUAGGUCUACAGGCUUAUCUUGAGGAGGGUACUAUGCGUGAUAUGAAGCCAUCGUCUAUCAUGGAAGCUUCAAGGACAUCAAAUCUCCACGUACUGGGAGCGCGAGAAGGGUGUAAUGUCAAGAUUGGGUAUGGUCUUGUGCAUGAAGAGGCUGGUAGAAGCGUGAGAAGCUUUGGGGUCGAAGGGAAUGUGCAGCAGUAA